CCCAAAUUUAAAUAAAAGCAAUGACUUUGUUUGCCAAAGGGUUAUUUUUGUAAUUUGACACAAUCUUUUCGUUCCCCCAAAAUUAAAAGGAAAAAUAAAAAACAAAGAAGCAUUUUGUUGCCGCCAAAAGCUCUAGGCUUGUUCCCAUUUCGGAGGAGUGCGCUCUCGACAAUGGAAGACGAAGACGACGAAGAGAUCUCUACCUCCUCCGAUUCCGGUGAUUCGACCGAAGAUUUUGACGUCGAUCCCGAUGAUUCCGCCGGUGAGAACGAAAGUUCCGACGAAAUCGCUGAAUCGGAAUCUCUCGCGGCGGUUUCUCCGCCAUCCAACGCCGACCGGAAAUCGAAGAACGUAGAUGAACUCAUCAGAGGUAACCUGGUCGUGUGGAGGCAACCGCUUCUCCCUAGGGUGCUUUAUGUUUCGGAAGGCGCUGCAGUUUGUAGGAAGCCCUUCAAGCCUCCAUGUCCCAGUGGUUACAGUACUACCAAUGGACAACUUGCUCGUCGCCUUUGGGCUCGCAAACGGUUUGUGCCUUGGGGUUCUUCAGCACCGGUGGAGGUCGCAAUAUCUUUUAAGUCUAAUGUACCAGCUGAAAUUGAGAAAGAUGAGGAAGAGGAAAUAUUGCCUCUGCCCCCUGGUAUUGAUCCCUUGAUAUUAUGGCCACCUGAAGAACCUGAGGAUGGAGUGAGCAAUUUAACAGCUAUAUCAGUGGAUCCGUUGCUUGUCCGUUUUCUUCGUCCUCAUCAGAGAGAAGGAGUCCAAUUCAUGUUUGAUUGCGUUUCGGGAUUGUACGAGUCAGCAAAUAUAAAUGGAUGUAUUCUGGCUGAUGAUAUGGGUUUGGGAAAGACAUUGCAGUCCAUUACAUUACUAUACACUCUUAUACGUCAAGGGUUUGAUGGGAAGCCUAUGGUUAAGAAAGCCGUUAUUGUUACACCAACGAGUCUUGUAAGCAACUGGGAAGCUGAAAUUAAGAAAUGGGUUGGAGAAAGGAUUCAGCUUAUAGCCCUCUGCGAAAGCACUAAGGAUGAUGUUGUAUCUGGAAUUGACAGUUUCACUCGACCCCGAAGCUCUUUACAGUGUCAACAGGUACUUAUCAUCUCUUACGAGACAUUUCGAAUGCAUUCAUCCAAGUUUUGCCAAAGUGAAUCCUGUGAUCUUCUAAUAUGUGAUGAGGCGCAUAGGCUGAAGAAUGACCAGACACUAACAAACAGGGCCUUGGCUGCCUUGCCAUGCAAACGCCGGAUUUUAUUGUCUGGAACUCCCAUGCAGAAUGAUUUGGAAGAAUUUUUUGCCAUGGUCAACUUCACGAAUCCAGGAAUUUUAGGUGAUGCUACACACUUUCGCCGUUAUUAUGAGUCACCGAUUAUUAUGGGAAGAGAACCUACAGCUACUGUGGAAGAGAAAAAAUUAGCAACAGAUCGCUCUGCUGAGCUAAGUUCAAAAGUCAAUCAGUUUAUUUUGAGGAGAACAAAUACAUUGCUUUCAAAUCACUUGCCGCCUAAGAUAAUUGAAGUGGUUUGUUGCAAGAUGACACCUCUCCAAUCUAACAUGUACAAUCAUUUUAUAAGCUCAAAAAAUCUUAAAAGGGCAAUUGCUGAUAAAGCAAAGCAAUCGAAAGUGUUGGCUUAUAUUACAGCUCUCAAGAAGCUCUGCAAUCAUCCAAAGCUAAUCUAUGACACAAUUAAGACCGGCAGCUCUGGAACUAUGGGAUUUGAGGAUUGCUUAAAGUUUUUCCCUCCAGAAAUGUUCUCGGGGAGAUCUGGUACAUGGACUGGUGGUGAUGGUGCUUGGGUCGAGCUUUCUGGGAAAAUGCAUGUUUUAGCCCGGUUACUUGCCAACCUACGCCAGAGAACUGAUGACCGUAUAGUCCUUGUCUCAAACUAUACUCAGACACUGGAUCUUUUUUCGCAACUUUGCCGUGAAAGGAGAUACCCUUAUCUUAGGCUGGACGGAACGACAACAAUAAGCAAGAGGCAAAAACUUGUUAACCGGUUCAAUGACCCGUCGAAGGACGAGUUUGCGUUUCUAUUAAGCAGCAAGGCAGGUGGUUGCGGCCUAAAUCUAAUAGGUGCUAAUCGACUUGUUCUCUUUGAUCCCGAUUGGAAUCCCGCCAAUGAUAAACAAGCUGCUGCUAGAAUCUGGAGAGAUGGACAAAAGAAGAGAGUCUUUGUCUACAGAUUUCUGAGUACUGGAACUAUAGAAGAAAAGGUUUACCAGCGUCAGAUGUCAAAAGAAGGGCUUCAAAAAGUUAUUCAGCAUGAACAUACAGAUACCAUAGUGAGACAGGGGAACUUUCUCUCUGCCGAGGACUUGCGAGAUUUAUUCUCUUUCCAUGAGAAUGUUAGAUCUGAAAUCCAUGAAAACAUGAGCUGCUCGAGGUGCCAAAAUCUUGAUCAUGAUAUCGGGAGUUUCAACAAGAGAAACGACAGCAAACUCGAUAACAACACAUGUCAGACCGAUGGAGACGAUAUAGGUGGUUUCGCGGAAAUUGCAGGGUGCUUGAAUGAGUUAAAAUGCUCCGAGAAACAGGUGGGAACUCCAUUGGAGGAGGAUCUAACUAGCUGGGGCCAUCAUUUCGCCUCCAAAUCAGUUCCCGACACUAUAUUGCAAGCAUCAGCUGGUGACGAGGUGACAUUUGUAUUCACAAAUCAGGUAGACGGAAAACUCGUACCGAUCCAAUCAAAUGUCGGUACCAAGACUCAGGAACACGGAAAACUGAAACCGAACAUAACUAUUAUGGGCGGCGGAUCCAGCAAGUUCCAACGAGUUAGGGAACCGUUGCAACCAUUGUCUCUUAAUGAGACAGUGAAAAGGGUAAAACUCUCUGCUUAUAAGCUCCCUUUGAAUCGUAUUAAUUUGGUACCGUUGAGAACACCAAAUCUCGAUUCUGUUAGUCACGAUGAUGAUUUUGUGUGACAUAAAUCUUUUUUUGGUUUUAUACUCUUAUCAUAAUAUUUGCAGAUUCUUGUAUUCCUUUUGGCAAAAUCCCAGAAUAGAAAAAAAAAAGGUUUGUUUUGAGCGAA